CUGGCCGCCGGAAGACAAUCGGGUCAUUGUUGGGUCUUGGGGACAGAAGAAAACGUCCACUGUUCUCGUCCCGAGCCUGUCCGGGGGGGGGUUUAGGGCGCGAGGCUCGCCGGGCCGUCGAUGUGAGCUCCCUGGGGGGUUCAUGUUCCCCUGCCAUGGCAGCUUCGGCAGGCGUGGGGUCGGGGACCAAGGGACAAACGGCAGGUGAAAGAAGGCUGUCCUGGCCCGUGUUCCUGCUGACACUGGCCGCCGUCACCUCCUCCUCGCUCUCAGCUCUCUCCCUCUAUCAACUGGUGGCCCUCAAAGCCGAAGUGGAGGGACUCAAAUCCGACAUCAGUCGCAGGAGAGGAGAGGGGCAGGAGGCCAGGAGCAGGAGUCAGACUGAAAAUAUCAGGAGCAGGAGAAACAUCCAGGAGCCUCAGCAACCCUUCAACCUGACGAGGGAGAGGAGGAUGGUACCUGGGACGGAGACGCCAGUUUCUCAAUCCUGCCUGCAGCUACUGGCGAACAGCAGCAGAAAGACCUUCCAGAAAGGUGAAUACACAGGUAUCCCCUGGCAGGCGGGGCUGAAGAGAGGCUCCGCCCUGGAGGCCGACGGCGACCGCAUCGUCGUCAGGGAGGAGGGCUUCUACUUCGUGUACAGUCAGGUCUUCUACAUGGACCGGACCUUCAUCAUGGGUCACGUGGUGUUCCGGAUGAAGAGGUUCGUCGUGGGCAACGAGGAUCCACACGUUCACCUGUUCCGCUGCAUCCAGAGUAUGAACUCUGAUCAUCCGUACAACACCUGCUACACGGGAGGCAUUGUGAAGCUGGAGGUGGGAGACUACCUGGAGCUGCUGAUCCCGCGGUCCGCAGCCAACGUGUCCCUGGAAGGAGACUCCACCUUCCUGGGGGCUUUCAAACUGGUCUGAGGUGUCAGUCACCUCCCACCCGAGCCAAGGGAUGCCGUUGCAGGGAAGACGCGGCCUAUCUGGAGGAGAGAGAGCAGUGCAGCAGGUUUUUUGGUGUUUUUUUUUUCUUUUCUUGUGGUUCUCUCUCGUGACUUUUGCGAAUACGACAAAAAUACAGGAAGCAGACAUUUCUCUUGUGGCUGAACAACAGACUGUGGUUUCUAUCGCCGAUGACAUCACGAACGCUCUUCAUUUUCACCAUCCAUCAACACAAACUGUUUCUAAAACUGUCAGAUUCACUUUUGCUUUUUCUCACAUAUAAUCACACAAAGGAUACAAGAUGUAAGAGACCUCCCACUUAUAUAAAAUCACGCUUUCACUGUAUGAAUCAAUAAUAUAACCUCCCAUCCUGCAGCACUGACACCCACGAGGUUGAAACAGUUCUGUCUUUAAACGGCAUAUGCUUUAUUCAUUAGCCGAUGUGUCAAAGUAAUGUCAUUAUUUCACUGGAGUUUUUCUUUUUUAUACCCGGAUGGUGAGAUUUCAGUUGCAAUAAAGUGAUGAUACCUGCAGAAGAGAUCCUGGAUCGAGGUUGUUAUUUCCACCGAUGGGCACGAAAGGAAGGAAAUCACAUGGCAGAAGAAACGCAGGGAGAGCAAUCCAGCUACGGUUGAGAGGCAGCAGUGAAUAUCGUGCUUAAGAGGAUAUUUUUAGCUCCGAGCAAGACCUUACACUGAUUUAUUUGUCUGCAAGGAGCCAAUCAAUGGCUCGCUUCUUGUGAAUUCUGGAAGGAUGCAGCUUUCUUAAGGGUAAUGCUUCACUUUGGAAUAAUCUUGAUGCGCGAUGAGAGUGAGAUGUUAUCACAGAUCACAGAGAAGGAGAUGAAUCAAAGCUGCUGUCACAGAUAAAUCAAAGCCAGCCCUCGACAGCCGAUAUCUAACGGCCGGGUGAAUUGCUGGUGACAUAACAGCUCAGACUUGACACGGCCUUGUGAGCCGUCGCCCUGCAGGGCGGAGUGCAUGUUUCCCUUUUUUCGCCGCAGGGAGUUUUGUGAAGACGGACUGGAGUCGUCAACGAUCUCGCCGAUGUUACGUUCCGGGGACGAGCUGGAUUUGUGAUGUCAGCUCAGAUAAUAGAGGAUCUAAUUAUGGUCACAAAGUGACAUCAAAAAAACUUUCCCACAAACGAAAUAUGGAUCGAUGCAAAAGCCUAACACGAAGUUGUUGAAUUUUUCUUUUCAAAUAUUAUUAUUAUUGUACAUGUUUAAACAUAAAUCUGGC